AUGUUACCUGUCGAAGCUCCAUUGCCUAACGAAGAACAGCUCGAUUACUCCAUCGCGAUUGAGUACAACGGUCCUCCUGUGCCCUACCAGGUCCCCAAGGUAAAUCCACUGGACGUCGAUUCCAUCUCCAUUCGCAUCUCUUCAAUCGUUUCCGUUUCCGAAUGCGUACCAGUUGUCCCUGUUGUUGUCCCGAUCGCGAAGCUUUCGAGGUUCAACAAAGGCGGAAGAAGCACGAGUCCAAUGGAGGUGAAUCGGAGAUCGUCGUCGCUUUCGCGGAGUCAACAGGAGUUGCAGAAUGAGGAUUUGGAGGAAUUGGCUGCAAGAGAUGAUGAAAAGGAGGAGUUUUAUUCGGCUAAUCCAUCGCUGGCUCGAGAUCCGAAUUCGGUUUAUGCUUCGAGUGUUGCUAGUUCGAUUCGCAGACCUGUGGUUGAAGCAAGACGAGCUGUAGUGACUUUCGAUACGGACAAGGAUGAAGAGGAUGAGUUAUCUUCAGAGAGGUCGAGCGUCACUGAUAUUGCAGCGUCCCCUGUUGUGGCUCGGAGUAGAGAGAAGCGGUUGCUGAGGAAGAGUGGGGUUUGCAGUAGGUGUGGGAGACGUAACCGGUUAAGGGAGAGAGAGGCUUGUAUUGUGUGUGACGAAAGGUAUUGUAGCAAUUGUGUGCUCAAGGCCAUGGGGUCGAUGCCUGAAGGGAGGAAGUGCGUGAGCUGUAUUGGGCAACCCAUUGAUGAGUCGAAGCGGCCAAGUUUGGGGAAAUGUUCGAGGAUGUUGGCGAGGGUCUGCAGUCCUUUGGAGAUCAGGCAGAUUAUGAAAGCCGAGAGGGAGUGCUCGGCGAAUCAGCUUCGACCCGAGCAGCUUGUUGUGAAUGGAAGACAGUUACGGCAAGAAGAAUUGGCGGAGGUUUUGGGUUGCCUGAUGCCUCCUCAGAAGUUGAAACCUGGGCGGUACUGGUAUGACAAAGAUUCUGGGCUUUGGGGGAAGGAGGGAGAGAAGCCUGACAGGAUUAUAACUUCCAAAUUGAAUGUUGGGGGUAAACUUCGGCCGGAUGCGAGCAACGGCAAUACAAAAGUUUAUAUGAGAUGCUUCUCAUUGGAAGGGCAUUUUUUAAGCUGA